ACAAAUAAAAUAACAAAACGCGUCGUUUUAUCACCCACCAAACUAAACACCUUUCCUAUAAAUUCUACUUGUUUCUUGACCUUCUUAAACCCUUACCUUUUUGCUCGACUGCAAAACCCUAGCCCCUCUUUCUCUCUCCUCCCUUCAGCCACCAUGACUUUGGAAGCAGUAAACCCUAAAGCCUACCCUUUGGCAGAUUCCCAGUUGACAAUAACAAUUAUGGACCUUGUUCAACAAGCUGCCAAUUACAAGCAACUCAAAAAGGGUGCUAAUGAAGCAACAAAAACCUUGAAUAGGGGUAUUGCUGAGUUUGUAGUCAUGGCGGCUGAUACUGAGCCUUUGGAGAUUCUUCUCCACCUUCCAUUGUUGGCUGAAGACAAGAAUGUUCCAUACGUGUUCGUGCCCUCAAAACAAGCCCUUGGCCGUGCUUGUGGAGUUACAAGACCAGUAAUUGCUUGUUCAGUGACCUCCAAUGAGGGAAGCCAAUUGAAAUCACAAAUCCAACAACUCAAGGACGCAAUCGAGAAGCUUUUGAUUUGAGAAAUAGUCGACAGAUGCCUGUUCGGAGUGAUAGGCCUCUUGGAUUGUAAACGUCUGCUCCUUGGAGGCUUUGACUGAUGAAGUUGUUGUGCCACUAGGGAAUAGUCUUUUUUUUUUUUUUACCUUCUUUUUUGGUAAUUUGAGUAAUGGAUUAGUGUUUUUGAGAGUGGAAUCUGAGGAAAACUAUGAAAUGUGAUGUUGAGCUAAAUUUUACAGUCUACUGUUGGUAAUCUAUAAAGACUUUGUGACUUUACUUACUGGUUUUUCUUCCCCUUUCUGUUGGGUCACAGUUACAAUUAAUUUGUAUUCUAGAACAACGUUAAAUUGAAUCAAGGUCUUGUUAAACUUAUUUCAUUGUUUAAUUGGAGGUAUUAGGUCUUAUUUAUCUUA